CUGGAAGCGAUUUUACGAGAAUAAUCCAAAAUCCGCCAUGGAAGCAACAACAAGAAUCUUGAGCACUACUGCUCUCAAUCGUCGUCUUCUUCUCAGUAAGCUCAACCUAAAACCUGACACCCGUUCCAUCAAAUUCACAGAUCAGUUUUGUUUUCCCUCACACAAUGCCAUCUCCCGACGAUCGUCAUCUGCGUCCGCCGCUCGUAUACGGUGUUCUUCGCUUCCUCCAAACGCGAAUCUCUUCAAAUCUCUCUUCUUCCUAACGUCAACGUGUCGUCUCGAGAACUCCGCCGUUCACGCUAACCCAUUCCGAUCCGAACCUAACGACGGCGUCGCGGUUUGGAACAGAGCUCCGCCGACCGUGAACGGAGGUGGAAACGCGGCGAUAAUAGCCGGGAGCGAAGGAAAAGAGACGACUGUGGUUCUCCUCGGUUGGUUAGGUGCGAAAGCUAAGCAUUUGAGGAGAUACGUUGAGUGGUACAACUCCAGGGGAAUUAACGCCGUUACUUUCACUGUCGACGUUAGGGAUUUGCUCCGGUUAGAUCUUGGUCGGAGGCUCGAACGAAUGAUAGCUGAAUUUGGGAACGAAUUGGUUAAUUGGGUAUCGCAGAAGGAAGAUGAUGGUAGAGAGAAAUGCUUGGUGUUCCACAGCUUCAGCAACACUGGUUGGCUUGUGUAGGUUGAUGGAAGCCAAAUCCUUCGUCAAACUUAUUACAUUUUGAUUGUGAUUCUGGUCUCCUUAUUACUGAUGAUGAUGAUGAAUUUAGUGUUGAUUUGAGCUAGAUGAUGAAUUAGGUGAGCUUUUUACUUGUGGCAGAUAUGGU